ACAUGUUGAAGAUUAGCGGAAAGGUGGUAAAUUAAUUAAGUGAUGAGCGGUUUCCUCACAAAAGCAUCACCACAAUAUACAUCCAUUAAAAAACGCUAUUUCGUCUUCUCGACAGUGUACUACCGCCAUAGAAUUUUCGCCAUGUUAUGCUAUUUUAUGCUAAGCUUGUAGCUCCCGAAAGCAGAAACAGGGUGCUGUUUAUAAGCAUUCAGGCCACGCGCAUAGUGCGUCAGGUCGACCCUCCCCAUGUCAGUUUGUGUACUCUGUUAAAACUCUGUAGGCUACUACUCUCAUAUGUUACAAGAUCACACACAGUAACCUAAACUGACGAUGCCAACGCAAAGUGUACUUAUCCGAGAUCCCGGUUUUCCGGCGAGGGCAUUGCAGCAAUAUUUGAUUUUGUUAAAGAAAUAUCCAAUCAUCACCAAAUCAGUUACGAGUGGUAUACUCUCUGCUUUGGGAAAUCUUCUGUCUCAAGCUUUGGAGUCCAGUAAAAACAACAAAGAGAAUAGCCCAAGAAAGAAAGUCAAUGUUUUGGGACCUGUACACUUUGCAAUUUAUGGACUUGUUAUAACUGGUCCAGUCAGUCAUUACUUUUACCAGCUCCUGGAGGUUCUGAUGCCGUCCACUGUCCCAUACUCCCUGAUCAAGCGCCUUCUCUUAGAACGUCUGAUAUUCGCCCCUGCUUUCCUCUUGCUGUUUUAUGUGGUUAUGAAUGCUUUGGAGGGCAAGAAACUGGCAGAACUUCAAAAGAAGCUUAAAACAAGUUACUGGCCUGCAAUGAAGAUGAACUGGAAGGUUUGGACGCCAUUUCAAUUUAUCAACAUCAACUACAUACCUGUACAGUUUCGAGUGCUGUUUGCCAACCUGUUUGCCUUAUUCUGGUAUGCCUACCUAGCCUCUGUCAGGAAAUGAAACCAAAUCUGAUCAACACUGACAUGAAACCAACUACAAUGGGUGUAAGAUGAAUCCAGUUUGUGCCUUUAAAGAACUGUUGUGGAUCACAAAUGCACAAAUAUAUUUUUCUGUUUUAAAUGUCUUCCGGAACCACUUGUAGGAAAUAUUUUUCAGUUGCUUGUGGAGGUACUGAAAAUUAUGUCAGUAUAUUGAUUGUGUUUUAUUCAGUUAAAGAACAUUGAUUACAGAGACACAUGUAGACAUACUGUAUUCAUUCUACCAAUAAAUAUUUUUGCCUGUGAACUACAUAUUCUAAGAUCUACAAGCUUGACCUUGCUAAUAUACUGUUUAUACAUGAGUCGCCUGAUGCUACGGACAGUAUUAUUUAGUAUAUUUAAUUUGAUUUAAAAAUGAUUUGCAGCACACAAUAAUAAAUCAUGUUUUGAAUUCAUUAACAUACAGUUAACUAACAAAUCUGGGGUGCAUCCAGCGGAAAGUUUUUGGGAAGGUCCAUUUUAUGUGCAAAUUACUCCCAGUUUACUCAUAUAUUGUACUUUAAAAGAGCAGCGAGGAAACAAAAUUAUCUUUAAAAUUGUUACAGAUUGAAAAUGUGUCACUGUGCAACACUACACUGAGUUCAUUGAGGUGAAGGAUUGUAUGCAACAAAUGAGGCAGAAAAAGGAAAACGGACCAUAAACAGUAUACACAAGUAAA